UGUUCUGUAGUACACACGUCGCACUCGAAUAUGGACACAUAGCCGCAGAACGUCCGUUUUCAUUUCACCUCGUGCACGUGUACGCGUGUGUUUUGAUAUUUAAUUUAGAACUUCGUUAAACAAAAUGACCAUCUCCAUAUUACAAGUAAUACCAUGUUUACUACUAUUAGUAAAUAUAUCGUUGUCAAGGCCAAGAUAUCCAGGUCAAUCAGAUAUUGAUUAUUACGUACCGGUCAGUUACAUGUACAAGUAUGGCGUGCACGACCCGUCUACGGGUGAUAUUAAACAUCAAUCGGAAGAGCGGACCGGCGAUGUGGUCAGAGGGCAGUACAGUCUUGUGGAACCCGACGGCACUGUACGCACAGUAGACUACACGGCCGAUCCGGUGCAUGGCUUCAAUGCGGUGGUCAGCAAGUCUGAUAUCCCAGUACACGGAUCCAAAAAAACUCGGAACGUCAUCCGGACAAUUCCUGUGGUCGUCCAUCCUAGCACAGCUAGAGACGAUGACCCGCUAUCGGCCAGAGGACCGAUAACUUUCCCGAAAAAUGAGCAAGAAGAGAUUAAAAUUACCGCACCAGUAUAUGAAGAGUAUUAUGAAACCAAUGUCAUAAGUCCUUACGAUGUAGAUGAAAAUUAUGAACAACAUUCAAAUUAUUUUAACGAUUACUCCAAUUAUUAAAACUCAAUCGCUUGGAUGAAAUUAGCGGUAAAUGCUCAUGUUUUUGAAAUGUAAGAAAAAUUAUUUAUUAAUAUUAUUAUAAAAAUUGUAUA